UGUGUCAGCUCCGGCAAGCGCCUGCGGUCCCCCUCCACGCGGCGGCGAGUCACACAGGCGAAGCCUCGCCUCUCUCCCUGGCUUCCAGAGCAGCAGUUUAGUCCUUACCUCGCAGGCGAGAAGCCAGGUCGCUUGGUAACGCUCGCCAGCCGACCACAAAUAUUUAUUUUUACUGUUAACCUGAAACUCUCCCAGGUGCGGAGAUUAAAAAGGCAAUGGAUCUUUCGAGCUCCAGGUGUACCAGAGGGAUUUUCGCGCUGCUGCUGCUGCUGCAGCUCGCGUUGACUUUCCAAACAGCCCAUGGAUUCGAGUGCUACCGAUGCAUGAGCACGAACAGUUCUCGGCCCUUUUUGUGCAACGAAUUUCUGACCCACGGCUACGACAUCGAGCCCGAGUCCUGCGACGAUGUUUACGGGGCCAAGUAUUGCGUUAAGCACAUUGGUCGAUUCGAGGUCCUGACACUGGAUUGCUACCAGUGCACCUCAGCCGAGGAGUGGAAGUGCGAGAAUCCUGAACUGGUGACUAAUUACCUGCAGCCCAGGAACUGCAAUCACGUCUUCGAGGCACAGUAUUGCGUGAAAACCGUCGGACGAUACGGAGGUGGAAUCGGAACUAAGCGGUUCUGCUCAUCGGUUGACCUGGGCAACUAUUGCGACUACGUCAAGCAGCCGGGUGACAAGCUCACCUACAGAACGUGUGUCUUCACUUGCGAUACCAACGGCUGCAACCCGGCGCCUGACUUAAAGCCUUCGAAACUAGUCAACAGCUUCUUAGCCGUAGUGAGCUUUGGCUUCGCCAUCUUCAGGAGAUAGGACUUAACUUCUACCUAUAGACUUAUUUUUACAAUCCGUCCAAGCCCCAUCGUUCAAAUAGAUGAAAUAACUUAGAUUUAAGUACGCUCGCAAACAUUAAUUCGAACUGUUUUAUAGGUUUUACAAAAAAAGAUGAUAUUAAAUGAUAUUAUGUAUACUUUGAA